AUGGAUAGUGAUGAUAAUAGUGAGGAUUUCUCGAUCUCAGAUGGCGAGCUGGACGAUAAAGUUCACAAGAAGCUUGUGAAUAACGUGUUGAAUUUGUCUUAUAAACAACACGUGAAAAAAUCCACGCGUUCAGAGCCAACUUUAAAAGUUUCCGAAUUCGAUCUGGUGAAAACAGGAAAGAAUGUCCACAUCACGGAUUUAGCAAGUGUUUUGGAACGCAAAGGCAAACAGCUGGCGAUUGGUAAGCAAAUCAAACGCGCCGAGCAGAAACUCACCACGUUGCCGAAACCAUUGGAGAAACCUCAAGCUGAGCGCAUACAUCGAACCGUCGCCUAUAAAAAGACUCAAAACGAGCUUGGUAAAUGGGAUCCGAUUGUUUCCGCGAUUCGGUCGUCAACGCACACCACGUUUCCGCUUCAUUCAGACUCCAAGCUGGAUGAUAAGGUGGAUUCACUUGGUGGGGCUGAUUGGGGGUACAAAACUAGUCUACAGAAGGAGUUGGAAAAAGUUGAGCCAAAGGAGGAGGUGUAUGUUAUGGAUGAUGAUGAUGAGUUUCCUAUGACCAUGGAGGAAAUCAUGGAGAAGCGUCGGGAGGCGGCGAAAAUGCGCGCACAUGAAAGUUAUAAGAUUGCAAAGGCAAGAAGGCAGAACAAAAUCAAGAGCAAGAAGUUUCACAGAGUGCAGAAGAAGGAGAAGAUGAAGCAGCAGAUGAAAGAGUUUGAGUUGUUGCAGAAAACUAAUCCAGAAGCUGCUUUAGAGAAGUUGGAAGAGAUUGAGAGGGCCAGGGCUGAAGAAAGGAUGAGUUUGAGGCAUAAGAGCACUGGACAAUGGGCUAAGAGUAAAUUAAUUAGGGCUAAAUAUGAUAGAGAGACACGACAAGAAUUAGCACAACAACUGGGUAUAAGUCGAGAUUUAACUCAAAAAGUACGAAAAUCAGGCGACAGCGAUUCCGAAACAGAAGCUGCUCAAGAAGCUCCAAAAAUCAAGGGAAAUUCAAAUUCAGACAAUCCGUGGCUCAAUGAAAACAUCAAAGUAUCACAGGAUGUCAACGAUUUUGUUAGUGGAUAUCGAAAAUACUGGGAAGAAAAGAACGGAAUCAAUGAUGCAGAUAAUUCAAUUGACUCCACAGCAGCAGAAACACAAGAAAACCGUGGUAAGAAAAGAGUAGCGAAAGAAAUUGACACAAAUUCCGAUCAAAAAUCCUCACUGAAUAAUAACAAUCAUGUAAAACAGUCAAAAGUUAAAACUAAUGGAAAAGUUAAACGAAUUGUGUCAACCGGGGCAUCUGAAUGGGAUGUAUCCGACGCAAAGGAUACAAAACCGUUAGAUUUGGACAAAGAAUUCGACAACAUUGAAAAUAAAUUACGGAAAAAAGUCGAAAAGAAGUAUAAGUCACUUGGCAAUCAAAAACAAACUCAAAAUGGUGUAACAAAAGCGAAACAAGUCAAAAAAUCAGAGAAACCGACCCAAUUAGAUUUAUUAUCUUUGCCUAAACAAAUUACUCGUCCUGUAAUCGACGAAGCACUCGAUGAAAGAGCCCAUCGCGGUAAUAAAACCCAAGACGACAUGUUGAAAGCUUUUGAAGUGCUUAAUAAAGUAAAUAAUGGUGAUACUAGCGCCAAAUCAAAAUCAAAACCAACUCAAUCCGAAGAAAUCGACCCCAAUAAAUUCAUGAAUAUGAAACCGACUAAACUCAACACGGCCAUUCCUGACCUGCAGGAAUUCAACGAUAAUGAAGAAGGCGAAGACCAGCGCGGUGUGAUUUCGGAAGCUUUCCAGGAUGACUAUGUCGUUGACGAGUUCCAGCAAGAGAAAAAAGACGAGAUUAAUGCAGGUAAUCCGAAGAGUAUUGAUUUGUCUCUGCCGGGUUGGGGUGCAUGGGGUGGCAAGGAUAUUAAGGUGUCCAACAGGAAGAAGAAGCGGUUUAUUGUGCGGUUUCCGGAGAAAAUGAAACGCAAAGACAGCAAUAAGGGACAUUUGAUUAUCAACGAGAAUACUAAUGCGAAAUUGCGUUCGCAUUUGGUGUCGGAGGUGCCUUUCCCAUUCAAGAAUGUGAAAGACUACGAGGCUUGCAUACGCGCACCGAUCGGGAAUACUUUUAUGCCGGAGACGGCGUUUCGCAGGUUGACGAAACCUGCAGUCACCACCAAGAUGGGUACUGUGAUUGAGCCAAUGACAGAGGAUAUUUUAGUUAAGAGAAAGAAGUAAACUACAUGGAAUUGUGAAUAAAAACUUGAUUGAUU